CGCUUGCGCUUCUCCGACAAUGAAAUUGCUUGGAGCAACUCUUCUGCUUCUACUCGCGCUGGCGAGCCAUGCAGCAGGCUACUGCUUCCCCGCAUCUGAACGCCGUGCCCUUCGGACGGACAUCGAACCCAUCAACGUGGUGGCAAACAACUGGGACUCGUCUGCAACAAGCGCCCUCAUUGCGAAAAUUCUGCUCGAGGAAAAACUAGGUCUCCCGACGAAUACGUUCACGUAUGACAGUUACGACGACGCGUUCGAAGCUCUGAGCUCGGGCACAGGUGACCUGCUCAUGGAAGCGUAUCCGUUGCGAGUGAAGGAACUGGUGGAUGUCUACGUCAAGCAACGUCGAACGGUCGAGAACGCUGGCCCGUCGGGCAUGACGGGAGAGACUGGCUGGUACAUUCCAAACUACGUCUGGGAAAUCAAUCCAGUCAUGGAGAGCUACAUUGCAUUUUAUGAUGAACGCAUCCAAUCCAUUUUCCACCUGGAUGUGAUUCCUGAAGGAUACCAAAUUGACAACACGACUCUUCGUAGUGCUGUGGACGAGAUCGAUAGCAUUCUUGAAGGCCCCGCAUGCAAUGCCGCACUCAACGCGUCGCUCGUCGCAGCCGAUUGCACCCUUGCUGUGGAAGCCCACGUGCAUUACCUUCGUGAGCGUGCCAACUUGAAGGAUGAGGGCGAACCAAUCACCUUUUGGACCAUGCCUGACGCGUGGGGCACGCUUGACCGCAUCAUUGUGCAAAACUUGAGCUUGAACUUUAACGUGACCUGCCCAAUUCCGCAGAAUCUUGGUGCCACAGACACGAUGAAUGCAAUGGUUGAAGUUACAAAGAACGCCUUCCUUGCUCGUCAACCAUUCAUUCAGUACUGGACCAAGCCGCACUUUGUCUUUGCGGACAUCUCUCCGGCGCUUCUUCGUCGAGUGCAGCUGCCCGAGUACGACUCGACCUGCAACGUCUCCAAUGCAUCGUACCGUUGCGGAUACCAGGACGAGCAAGUGCUGAAAUUUGUUUCUGCAGAGCUGGCUGACAAAAACUCUGUCGCAGACGACUUUGUCCACCACUUUACUUACACCUCACAAGAUCAGUCGAACAUUCUUGGCCAGGUGUUCUUCAGUGGCAAAACCCUCGAAGAAGCAACAUGCGAGUGGGUGAUUGCCAACUUCGAUGCCAUGUCAGCCAACAUGCCCGAUCCUUCGACCCUUGUCACGCCGACCAAGGUUUCCCCGGCGCUCCGCAUUGCAUUUAUCGUCGUUGCCGCGGCUGAAUUGGCGCUCUUCGUCCUAUUUGCGUUUGGUGUCAUCCGCUACCGUCGGAUUCGUGCCGUGCUCUCUGGUAGCCCCAAGUUCCUCUUCCUCAUGCUCGUCGGCGCCGCGCUGUCAAUGUUUUGGGUCAUCUUGAGCUAUCAGGAGGAAGUCACCUCGAAUCUGUGCGUUGCUCGUGUGUGGGCUCGCCACCUUGGAUUUGCCAUCAUCUUUGCCGCCAUCUUCCUGAAGACUUGGCGCAUUGCCAGCGUGUUCAACAUCAAGUCCAGCAAGGGUGGCCAGUUGACCGAUCGCGUCUUGCUCUAUCGCUUUUUGCUCAUCGUGGGUUACGCCACCGUCAACCUGGUCGCGUGGACAGUCUCCACCCCUCCAACAACUGGCACCGUCGUCUCCAACAAUGAGAGUUACCUUGUCUGCGAGGUCACUUGGUGGGACAACGCCAUCUACAUUGAAGAGCUUGUCGCCAUGGUGGCUCUUGGCUUGCUCUGCUACCGUGUUCGAAAGGCGCCGUCUGCCUUCAACGAGUCCAAGCACAUUGGCCUUGCAGUGUACAACUGGAUUGUGAUGGGUAUCAUUUUGCAAAUCAUCUUGAACUCGACGACUGGCACUGCCGACUUUUUCUUUGCCAUUCAAUCGCUCGAGGUUCUCGUGCCCGUUCCGAUUGCCGUGAUGAUUUUGAUGGCGCCGAAAUUCUACCUGAUCUUGCGCGGCAAGGGCAACGACGUUGCUACCAGCAGCUACCGCGGCUCCAAUCCCAACGGCAGCCACCCCAAGACCCCGUCCGCCAAUGCCGGCGGAAGUGGCAGCAACCAGAAGUCUGGUGACAUGGAAAUGUCGUCUGGCAACGAGAGCGAGAAUGGACGUACCGCGCAACUUAGUGGCAAGGCUGCUGUCCAAGAAAUCCGCUCCCUUCGCAACGAAAACACUCGCCUGCUCAAGGAAGUCGAGGCCAUGCGCACACAGCUGCUGCGCAUGCACAACCCUCACAGUGGAAAUGCCGUUUAG